UUAAGGCCUGAGCUGGGCGCUCCCGGACCAAGGCUUGUGUUCUCAGGUCCUAGUAACGAUGUCUGGGAGAGGCAAGGGCGGUAAAGGCUUGGGCAAAGGCGGCGCGAAGCGGCACCGCAAAGUCCUGAGAGACAACAUCCAGGGCAUCACCAAGCCCGCCAUCCGCCGCCUCGCUCGGCGUGGGGGUGUCAAGCGGAUCUCGGGCCUCAUCUACGAGGAGACGCGGGGGGUGCUGAAGGUGUUCCUGGAGAACGUGAUCCGGGACGCCGUCACCUACACGGAGCACGCCAAGCGCAAGACGGUCACGGCCAUGGACGUGGUGUACGCGCUCAAGCGGCAGGGCCGCACCCUGUAUGGCUUUGGGGGCUAAGCCUCUGCUGCGCCCUCACGUGCACCAAUCCUAAAGGCCCUUUUUAGGGCCACCCACAGAGUCCUAGGAAGAGCUGGACACUCGGGCAGUUUGGAUAAUUGCUUUUGCCACUUGGGGUUAAGUGUGUGUGGGGGUGGGAAUGGGAGUACUGCCUGAAGCACUAUCCGCAUUUUACCAAGGCCUUAAAAUUUGGUCCUUUCUUUUUCUUAAUUUCAAACAUUGUUCUCCAGGUUAAAUCAUUUGUUUACUUAGCGUGUUAUUUAGUCACUGGGUCCAGCUGUGGAAAGUGGUAAACGGCAAGGUAAAGUUGCUCCACGUUCUCGCUACAAUUGUUUGAUCAAGAUGGGAAGGUAGCCUUACACUUAACAGUAUUUGCACGACAAUUCUGUUCCUCUGGUGACUUUUGAGCCUCUUUAAUUGGUGCUUCACUUCCCACCUCUGCAAUGAAAGGAGUGAGCCCGGUGGCUUUAGGGACCUGAACAUAGGCUGGUGUUUUGUGAUGCUACACUGCUCUCUUGAAAAGGUGCAAGUGCAAGAGUUCUCGCAAAGUUAAAUCCAGUCAUGCAUCAUCCAAAUACAGGGUGGGGUGAAAGUAGGGUUACAGUUGUUUGUAUAGAAAUCAAUCCAGUAAGAAAAAAUUAAAGAAUAAACUUGUGUGCUAAACUGUAAACCUACUUUAACCGUACCCUGUAUGUUACUAGUGCAGUUGUGAAAUAAUUGGCAGUUGUCUAACCAGUGUAUGAAAAUGUUCUUGGUUUCCUGUGUUGUUGUUUUUUCAAUAAAGAGGCCCCUCGUAGGGGUUUGCUGUA